AUGGAUCCUAAGGAACUCAACUACGAGGGCGAAUGGGCCGCGGAGGAUAGCUGGGGUUAUAAUCUCGCCGUUGACUUUGAGCUUGGUAAAUGUACCCCGAUAAUGUGCCGUACGGACUAUGGCGGCGGCGAAGUUCUAUUCGAGGCUGGCGGCAAGUUCUAUCUAUACGACGAUCUCGGUCUACACCUUCGUCAGAUUACUUCACCGACAACUCUUGACGACAUUAUUGCUCUCUUUAAGGGUGAUAAGAAGGCAAAAAAUUCGCUGAAAUGCAAAGCGAUCUCUUCGUAG